AUGGCUGAUGGUAAUGAUGGGUACUCGCUCUACAACUACAAGCCAAGUGUAGCGGCUAGUGUUGUUUUUGCAUUGGUAUUCGGAAUCAGCGCAGGUCUCCAUGUGUGGCAAGCAUUCGUGAGAGCCAGGGCCUGGUUCUUCACGGCCUUUAUUGUUGGCUCCUUCAUGAUGACAUUCGGAUACAUAAGCCGCGCCGUCUCUGCCACAGACCCCAAUAGCCUCGGCCCCUACAUCAGUCAAUCCCUGUUGAUUCUGCUCCCACCCUCACUCUACGCCGCCACUAUUUAUAUGUGCUACGGACGAAUCGUCAGGUGCACCCAACGACCAGAACUUUCUAUAAUCGCUCCGACAAAAGUGACCAAACUCUUUGUGAUUGGGGAUGUCCUCGCCUUCCUCCUACAGUGCAGCGGUGGAGGAAUGAUGGCUAUAAAUGGCCUGGGCAACAUCGGUCAGAAGAUUCUCGUCUUUGGCCUAUUUAUACAACUGCUCUUCUUCGGGUUCUUCUUAUAUGUGUCGGUCAAGUUUUCAUUGCGGAUUCGCAGCAGCCCGACCAGGGUGCCAGGUGGGCCGUGGAGGAAUCUGCUCUACAUCCUCUAUAUCAUGGCUGCCCUCAUCAUCUUCAGAUGUGUUUAUCGAAUUGUUGAGUUUGUGCAAGGACAUGACGGCUACCUUGUUUCGCAUGAGAUUUUUAUGUAUCUGUUCGAUACCAUCCCGAUGCUGCUCGUGCAACUUAUCUUUCACAGGUGGAAGCCGUACAACAUGCUCUCGACGACCGAGACUGAUUUAGGAUGCGGUGAAAGCUACGUUAAUCUCCAGGGGCUACGCUAG